AUGGUCUGUCUCAAGCAACUGUGUCUCACUGCCGCUGUCAUUUUCAGCAUGGCUCAGACCACCAUCGCCGCGCCCGUCACCGUCUUCGCGAAUGAUGCUGCCCCUGCCGAACGCGACUUUGAUCGUGUAGUAGCCCCCCAAGAACUCCGUCUCAUGCGACGCUCGCCAGUUGGAUUCACACACAUGGCCAAAGUGGCCCAGCGCAACUACGAGGAUACCCUCCAGGAGCGUGACGUGGAGGACGGCCUUGAAAAUCGCGAUCUCGAGGAUGAACUCGAGGCGCGUGAUGUCUCCGGUCGACUCGAGAACCUCUCCAAGCUGUUUAACCUUGGUACAAAGCUAACAAAUCUGAUUGCCGCCAAGCGCGAUCUGGGGGAUGAUCUUGAGGAGCGCGACACCUCUAGAAGACUUGAAAAUGUGGCCAAGCUGUUCAACCUCGGUACCAAGCUGACGAAUCUCAUUGCCAGCAAGCCUGAGGUGGAGGCGCGUGCUGUGCGGUCCCCGAAGCUGCCGAGCUCUCAGAGAGUUGGCGAAGGAUUGUCGGUUCUUGAUAGUGCUAUGGAUUUUGGUGACAAUCUUAAGAAAGUCAUUAUGGCCAAGAUGGGCAAGCGUCAUUUUGAAGAACUUGAAAGACGUACCUUUGAAGACCUGAUCCAGGAACUAUACUUUUGA